AUGACAAUAAAAACCGAAACCGAGAUUCCGAAGCCUUUAUUCAAGGUGACCGAACUUGUUUUGAACAAGGAAAAGAAGCGCUUCGACCUGAAACUCGUCAAAUCCGACAAAAAACUCGACCUCAAGUUGUUUUGGAAGCGACAAAAGGUUGGCAAAAAAGAAGAUACAAUUAAUAAUGGCAGAAAGAUCAGCGCUAUCAACAAUGAAAACACCCUGAACGAGUUCGAGGUCUUUGAACAUGAUAAGAAGUACGAUAUUACAGACGUAAAGUACGAGCUAUCAUUAGGCAAAAAUGAAAAGUUUGAUGAGAUUUCCAAAAUCGAUCUAAAUAUCGACCAAUUGCCCGAAAAUCUCGACCUAAUACCCAAAAAUCAACUAAAACAAUAUAAUAUAGACCAAUAUUCAAGCCUAAAACUAGACAAAUAUGACAAAAACCUAAAAUACGAUCUCACCGACCUACAAGAAAUAUCAUCAACCAGCUCCAGCGAAUCCCUGGAAGAGCUGUACUCAUGGUUGAUGAAGACGAACAGUCAAAUCAUCGACGAAGAUGAGUUAGAUGACUUGUCAUCAAUAGCUUCGUCAAGUGGGGGCUUCAAAGACAGUCAGCUGGCAUGGCGUACCAGGGCGGCGGUAGCUAAUCUAGUCCACGCUUUUCAGGCCAUAGCUCAAGCUGCUACGAUUGCGUCGAUGGACGCGAGUAAUGCGUCGAUGAAAGACAAUUGGGACGAUGAGGAAGGAUAUUAUAGUAGGUUUAAAGGCUUCGAAAUGGUGUUUUUGAAUUUUUAAAGGGUUUUUAAGGCUUAACACCUUAUCAUAUAUAUAAAGAAUGGUUGAGUAAAGCAUUGUAUUAUUAAAAAAUAUGUUAUAGUAGAUUGUAUUGGUACUAAAAAUUUUAAAAAAUCGUUUCAGGAGUACGAGUAGGAGAAGUGAUAGACAACAGGUAUCGCGUGUAUGGAUAUACCGGAUCAGGUGUAUUCGGAAACGUCGUCAGAGCCACGGACAUACGCAAAAAAGACCGAAAAGUUGCCAUCAAAAUCAUCAGAAACAAUGAAAUCAUGUAAGUUUGAAAUGGUAUGGAGUGCAGUCUGCGGGGUCAUUUUAUACGAUGGAAAUAGCAUGCGGGGUCGAUUUUUUUGGAAAUUUAAAAAAUGUGAAAUUUGGAGUCAGUAUGUUGUGAAAUACUAAACGAUGGUAGAAAGUGAAAUUUGGGGGCGUAGUUAGAGAUUAUAGGUGCUUGCAGGCUGCGGGUGCCAAGUUAUACGAUGAAAAGUAAAAUGCGUCUUAUCAGGUUGGAGGUUUUGUGUAUUAUGGUGUGAUAAUAGGUGGUAAAAUACGCAUCGCAUAUUUUAGUUUGACUAAAUUUUUGUCUUUCAACUAUGGGUGACAAGUUAUACGAUGAAACAUACCAUUGCAACAUAUUGUAGAAGGGCAUCGAAGAAACGGGUAAAACUCGCUAAAAAUAAGUAAAGGUAGACAGUUGAUGAUAAAAAAAGAUAGCUAAGAUGUAAAAAAAUAUUUUUUUGACAAUUGAAUAUAAAUUUUGCCAAAUUUCAGGCGAAAAACAGGUAUGAGAGAGUUGGAAACCCUGCGGAAGUUGAACGAAGCCGACAGAGAAGACAAGUUCCACUGCCUACGGCUACACAGAUCCUUCAACCAUCACAAUCACAUCUGCUUGGUAUUCGAAAGUUUAAGGUAAGGCUGUUUUAAAAGGUUUGAAAAGGUUUUUUAAACUGUAGAGUAUGGUGAGGCGGGACAGAUAAGAUGUAGUAGGGUGGGUAGGUUAGGGUAGGGUAGAUUAGGGUAAGGUAGAGUAGGGUAGAGUAGAGUAUUUUUUUGAGAUUUUAAGUUUAAAAAGGGGAUAUGAUAGUUUUAAAGUGAGAAUUUGAUAGUUUCUGGACCCAAAAAUUGCUGUUUUUGGGAGAAAAACGCCGUUUUUAGGCUGAAAAGUGUCGUUUUUGAAGUUAUUUGAGCAUAAUUUUCAUUUUUUGGGUGAUAAAGAGUACAGUAAUGAUAAGAAAAGGGAUUUUUUACAUAGAAGACUUUAAAGAUUUUAAGUUAAAAAGCAAGAUUUGGGUGAUAUUCUGGCCAAAAAGCGGAAGUUUUGAUGGUUUUUGGGUUAAAAAUUGCCAUUUUUGAUGUUUUUCAAUUAGAUUUUGAGGUUUUAAGUACUAAAAAGUACAGAAAUACGAACGAAAAUAUAUUUUUUAUAAACUACAUAAAAAUUUUUUUUGAAAUUCAUUUCAAACCCAUGCCAAUCCGACCAUUUUUCAGUAUGAACUUGCGCGAACUCCUCAAAAAAUACGGCAAUAACGUUGGUCUUCACAUGAAAGCGGUCCGCUCCUACGCCCAACAACUACUAAUGUCGCUGAAAUUGCUGAAGAAGUGCUCGAUAUUACAUGCAGACAUCAAACCAGACAAUAUCCUGGUCGCCGAGAACAAAUUGACCCUGAAAUUGUGUGAUUUCGGAUCAGCUAGCCAUGUUGGAGAUACCGAGCCGGCACCAUACUUGGUCUCGCGGUUCUACAGAGCGCCGGAGAUUAGUGAGUUUUAAUUUUUUAUUAGUUUUGGGGUUUUAAAAGGCAAUUUUUAAUUUUUAUGUAAAAUACGGUCAGUUUUUUUCGAAUUUAUUUACUCUGCAGACUGCGGGUGACAAGUUAUACGAUAACCAAUAGGUGUCAAAGUUUGAUGGUUGAUAAGGUGUAAAAUGAUUUUUUAAAUGUAUUUUAGAAUAAGUGAGAUGGUUUUUAAAAUAAAUUUGAAAAAUUGAGGGCGCAGCUUGGAAAAUUGCAUUUUGCAGGCUGCGAGUGACAAGUUGUACGAUACGCAAUAGAUGUCAAAAUUUAAGAGUUGGUAGGGUUAAAAAUGAUUUUCAAAAUGCGUGUUACGAUAAAUGAUAUUUUUUUAUAAAAAUUUUUAAAGUUGAGGGGCAGCUCGAAAAAUUGAAUUUUGCAGGCCGCUGAUGACAACUUAUACGAUGAAUAGUUUUAUAAUUAUAAUAAAUUUUGGGGUAGAAAAACUAUAUUUAAGGUCAGAAAUGAAAAUAAUUUUAAAUUUUUGAAAAAAAAAUUGUUGAGGGCGCAGCUCGUAAAAAUUAAAAACCAAAAAAAUUAAAAUAAUUUCAAAAAUUUCAGUGCUCGGUCUCCCAUACGACUACGGAAUAGAUCUCUGGUCUGUGGCCGUCACCCUAUUCGAAGUUUAUACCGGUCGAAUCAUGUUCCCGGGCAAAUCGAACAAUCAGAUGUUGAAGUACAUGAUGGAUAUGAAGGGCAAGCUGCCGAACAAAGUCAUUCGAAAAGCCAUCUUCAAGGACCAACAUUUCGAUUUCAAUUGCAAUUUCAUCUACAAUGAAGUGGACAAAGUCACGCAGAGGGUGGGUUUUUGAAUUUUUGAAAAUUGCUUUGGGACAUGUUUCGCCGUAUAACAUGUCACUUUUUUUAGGUUUUUAUGAGAAAUGGAUAAAAAGUUUUAUUUUCAUAACAAAUACGGUAUUUUACAGCAUUUUAAAUGUUAAAAUCUUCGUUUCCAAUGUAAACAAACAUUUUUGUAGGGCGCAGUCGGCCGGACAUGUUUCAUCGUAUAACAUGUCACUUUUCACAUUUUUGAAACGAAAUUUGUAACUUUUUGUAUUUUAAAAUUGCCGUUUCGUAUUGAAAUUUCAAUUUUUCAGGAAAAAGUGACCGUUCUACCAGUGAUAAGGCCGACCCGAGACCUGUUGACCGACCUCAUCGGCGACCAAGAACUGGACCGUGACGGCUUCAAACGCGUCGAACAGUUCAAAGACUUUCUGGAUUCGAUGCUCAAUCUGGAGACUUCGAAGCGUAUCACCUGCGGCGAAGCCCUCAAGCAUUCAUUCAUCACUGAUCCACUAUAG